AUGAAAAGAGCAGAAAUUAAGAAUUAAAAGUUAGCAUAGAAAUUUAAUAUCAAUUUAUCAAAAAAAGAAUUAGAAAAUAAUGAUGAUGAAUAAAACAAUAAUUAGAAUAAUGAAGAGAAAUAAAUUUUAUACCUCCCUCUAAUUUUACAACAAGAAAAAAACAAAAUUAUUAAUAAACUUCAAAUCGGAACUUAAUAAGAAUUUUUAAACAAUUUAUAAAUGUAAAGCGCAUUAAUUUAAUAAUAAUAAAAUUACAUAAUAGACUAGAAAUAAGGAUAAAAUUAAAAUAAAUUACCAUUAGAGUCUAAUCCAAAAUAUUAUGAAGAGCAAGCAUUAAGGUAACUUGAAAAAAAGAAAUUUAAAUGUGAUUCUUCUUAGAUUGCAAAAAUUGAUAAUAAGUAUUAAUUAAUAUUGGAUUGUUAAAGGGCUAAUAAUAUUUAAAGUUAAACAUAUAAUAAUUAACUAUUAAUACAAAAUCAAUAUGAACAGAUAAAGAAAGAAGAUUAAAUUGCUGUUCUUUUGGGUACUUCAGGAGUAGGAAAAACAUUUCUAAUGCAAAAGUUAUUCUAAGAUGAAAUUAUUGAAUUUAAAUCAUAUAAGUUAGAGAUCGAUAGCAAUUUAUCUUAUAAUUUUGUGGAUACCACGGGAUUUGAUUUCGAAACUGAUUAUGAAAAAAGAGAAAUCUAGAUUAAACAGUUUUAAGAGUUAUUUUUAAAUUACCCAAAAUAAAUUUCCUCACUUUUAAUAGUAGUUAAUUUUGAGAGAACUGAUUUAAUGAAAAAAAAAUUACUGUCUAUUUAUAAGUAUUUUAGAAAGUUUUAGUCAUUAAUAAGUAUUAUUGUUUCAGAUAUAAACUACAGUGAAGAUGAGGAAAAAAGUAAAAUUGAUUUAAUAGAUAAUUUUAAAAUUUUCAAUCCUCAUGCAUUGAUAUUUUUUAGAAGAGAUAUUUAAAAAAAUGAAUUAAUUGAGAGAUUAAAGGUAGCCUUAAUCUAAGUCAAUCCUAAUCAUUAUUUUGAUUUAGCUGAGACUAUUUUUUAAAAAGAGGAUGAUACUUAAAUUUAAGAAAUUUAAGUACAAUUGAUGAAAAGAUUUAUAUAAUGA